AUGCCGAGGGCAAGUCGAAUAGUACGAGUAAGUCGUUAUCUUCGUGCAUUACCUCGCUUUCUUUGGAAUGAAUAUCCGGAACAAGUAGUUGCUGCAUCCACAUUUGGUGUUGGUGGUCUUGUUGCAUUUGCUUAUAAAAUUUCCAUUUAUAGUGAUGAAAAAGUAACGCGUCCAUAUUACCGUGGUUCUUAUGAGGUUGUUCGACCUGAUGACCCUUUGGCUCUUAUUUGGAGGAAACCUGAGUUGCAUUAUAUUUUUCGCUUAUUUGAAGGUUUUCAAACAUUUCAGGAUUAUCCUGCGCCUUAUUUAUCGAAUCGUGAAAAUGCUACUUCUGCUUCUUAUAAGAAAGAUUAUGGAUGGCGAGCUAAUAUUUAA